CACGGACGGGCCAACCGCCAGCAAGGCACCAAGGCGUGGAAACCGUCCUGCCCAAUCUGGGGUGUUCCGGCGCCAAGUCGCGCUUUCUCCCCGGGCAGGACGCGGCGGCCAGCUUGCAGCACCCACCUUCACCUCAAAACCAAAUAUGUCACGACCGCAAGACGAUAGGAAUCAGGAAGCAACAGUGUAUUUGGGAAACCUCGACGAGCGUUGUACAGAUGCGCUCAUCUGGGAACUCAUGCUGCAGGCAGGGCCAGUAGUGAACGUACACUUGCCAAAGGAUCGUAUCUCUAUGGCUCACCAAGGCUACGGUUUCUGUGAAUUCCUGACGGAGGAAGAUGCUGAGUAUGCUUGUAAGAUUAUGAAUCAAAUCAAGCUGUGGGGGAAGCCUAUACGUGUCAACAAGGCUUCGUCCGACAAAAAACAGCUAGACGUUGGCGCAAACCUGUUCAUCGGCAAUUUGGACGAGAACGUAGACGAACGGCUACUUUACGACACCUUCAGCGCAUUCGGAGUGAUGGCUACUACAGCUAAGAUUGCACGAGACCCGCAGAGUGGUCAGUCAAAAGGAUACGGUUUCGUAUCAUAUACAGAUUUCGAAUCCUCGGAUGCUGCUAUUGAAUCAAUGAACGGACAGUUCUUGAUGAACAAGCCUAUCACUGUGCAAUAUGCCUUCAAGAAGGAUGGCAAGGGCGAACGGCAUGGUACACCCGCGGAACGUCUCCUCGCUGCGCAGGCACGGAAAAAUAACGCACUCCCUGUCAGUGCUCGUCCCCCGCCAGCACCAAUGGGCUUCGGUGCUCCUGGCUUCCAAGGACCAUACCAAGGUCAAUUCGCCGGCGCGUUGGCUGCUCCUCCCCCGCCCCCAGGCUUCACUCCCCAGCCCAUGGCAAUGCCCAUGGGUGUGCCUCCGCCUGCAAUGCCGCCGCCGAUGGGUGCCCCGCCACCACCGAACAUGCCGGUCUUCAACCCCGCAGCCGCUGGAUUCGUGCCCCCACCCCCGCUCGGCUUCGCACCGCAAGGCAUGCCGGGCGCGCCACCACCGGGCAUGAUGUCUGGGAUGAUGCCUCCACCACCUCCGCCCGGUGGGCCACAAACUUAUAUGCAGCACUGAAAUGUAAGUUGUUGUGUAUUAGCUUUGGGAUUUGGCCGUCGUGUAUUGCUAUUUCUGGUUCAAUGCUAUUCGAGAUGUCGAAAGUCCUAUA